UACAAGCUCCAACCUGCUGCUCACAUUCUGCUGAGGAUUCAUGAGUCACAAACACAGGUUGCUGUCCAGUUAAAGAAACAGUUCGCCCUUCUCCAAGAUGGCUUCCUUUCAUAUCCUGUGGACUGUCAUUGCCCUAUUGCAUACAACCCACGCUUACGAUGGGUUGCCACGCUGUAACUGUAUGUCGGAUUUCACAAAGAGAGGCGAUGAGGUCACUGUGCCCUGUCAUAAUAUUCACGCUCUGAAAUCUAUAAAAGUGAUGGAAUGUAAGAAUAGCCCCUCGGAAUGCAAUGAAUCCAUGGUGCGAAUGGAAGUGAACGACAGUCACACAAGUUCGGAGAGCGAAUUCGGCUCGCUAAGCUUUAACCCCGCCAAAAAGACGGCAGAGCUCAUACUGUACGGGAGGAAUGCCGGCUGCUACUGUAUGUCUAUGAGUGCUGGCAAUGGGAGGGUUCAUCGUGACGACUGUUACUUUCUACCACCGGUGAAAAAAGUUCAAGAGCAAAUGAUUACGGAACAGACGACUAUGGAACAGACCCAGGAAUCUGGAACCCAAACUACGGUGUCCAUUCACUCUGCCAAAUCACCAGAAAUGUACAAGGACCCGCCCAAGAUUUGGUAUUUGCCUCUGACCAUAGUGGCGGUUGCCACACUCAUUGCCGUUUACAUCUUGAGGAAGAGGAGGACAAGACAAGCAAAGAUGAAUGAAAGUGCAGAAGCAAUACUGGGCACAGAGGAAGCCUGAGGAGAUCCAGUUGUCACCAUAAGGCCACAGUAGAUGGUCACCAUCAUUCUAUUAUCUGGUGUCCUCUCUUGGGGGGCUCUACUCUGACUUCUCUUCCAAUUGAUGCCUUCCGCUCUCUCCUACCAGAAAGCUACAAACCCAUUUAUCCAUUUGGAAAAGUGGGCCCACAGAACAAAGCACAACGACCAGGGUUUCACUUCUUCUUGAUGACUUGGAAUACCAUGAGCGGAUUGAUAUUUACUAGGAAUGCAAUCAGAUGCCUAUAUAGGGCCCUACAAAUGACGUGAUGGAAUAUUAUGGUCUAGCUGGUCCUAUGGCCAUUUGUUUCUUUGUUUUUUUUUCUUAAUAGUUGUGCGAAAAUGAACCAGCAGAGCCCUGUAGCCUUCCCCAGCUGGACUGUGGGUAACUGGAUAAUCUCCAACCUCUUUUCUCUAUUGCUUUUAGCCAAAUACACUAUUGUAGGAAUAUACUGUAAA